AUGGACAUAGAAGCAAUGUUCUUGAGUGAGUUCUCCAUCGAGAAGAAGCCUGAUGAUAUAUUCCAUUUGAUUGAAGUUGCUAUCUUAGUUGGUCAAUACAAUUAUGCCGUUCAGUUUGAGAAGCGUAAAAACAAGCUUAUAAAGAUGUUGUUGUACCCCGAUAGAGAUGAAUAUAGUGAAGAUGAUGGCAGUAGUACUCUUGAUGAAGAAGAAGAAGAAGGAGACAGUGUUGGUGAUGAAGAUGAAGUCACAAAGGUCGAAGAAGAAAAAGAGCCUGAGGAAGAGACACAACAGAUUACUGCGCCUACAAACCAGAAACCGUCGUUGAAGUUUAGAGUGAAAAUCAACAGUUGUAUACAAGUUGCUCCUCUGGAAAAACACAACAAUUGCAACGCAAUGGAAGAGUUGAAGAAAAGUUCCGAGACUAACUUGGUCAAGAAGCAAUUGGAGGCUGAAAAACAACGAACACGACAACAGUCCCAUAAUACUACUACUAUGAGAUCCGAGAUUGACUUGGUCGACAAACAACUAGAUGCUGAUAAAGAAGGAACGCGAAAGAGGAACAUGCCCACCCAAGUUGCUCCUCGUCCUCGUGGAAAACUACUUGUUUCUGAUUUUUCUUUCGAGGAGCAGCUUGACGGAGACAAGCAACUCAAGAAACAGACUGACAAUGGUUUCAGGAAGAUUGAAGAAAACAAGAGAGAAGAACAGAAAGAGUGCACCACUGGUUUAUCGAAGAGCAUGUUGCCGCCGUUGAUGAAGAUGAAUAAUGAGGCCACCAAGCGUGUACAAGUUACUCCUAAUCAGAAACAACUUCCUCCUGAUUUUUCACCAAAGAAACAGAGCAACUGCAUUGCAAUUACAAGACCAAUGCAGAGAAAAGAAACACAAAGCAUCAGAGACACGGAGAUAAAGUUUGCAACAAGCAAGAGGAAAUUUGAGGAAAGGUUGGCAGAGCAAAGUGAAUCCAAGAGAAGGAUCAUAAUGGUAGACUUUCAUGAUAUGCCUAAACCUGCUAAAGACACGUGUGCUCCCACACGACGCUGCUGGAAUAGAAGGAAGUUUUGA